AUGGGCUCGCGGCGCCGGGCGCUGUCCGUGGUACCAGCUGUUCUGCUGGUCCUCACGCUGCCAGGACUGCCCGUCUGGGCGCAGAACGACACUGAGCCCAUCGUGCUGGAAGGCAAGUGUCUAGUGGUGUGCGACUCGAACCCGGCCACAGACUCCAAGGGCUCCUCUUCCUCUCCUCUGGGGAUAUCGGUACGCGCGGCCAACUCCAAGGUCGCCUUCUCGGCGGUGCGGAGCACCAACCACGAGCCAUCCGAGAUGAGCAACAAGACGCGCAUCAUUUACUUCGAUCAGAUCCUAGUAAAUGUGGGUAAUUUUUUCACGUUGGAGUCUGUCUUUGUAGCACCAAGAAAAGGAAUUUACAGUUUCAGUUUUCACGUAAUUAAAGUCUACCAGAGCCAAACAAUUCAGGUUAACCUGAUGUUAAACGGAAAACCAGUAAUAUCUGCCUUUGCUGGGGACAAAGACGUUACUCGUGAAGCCGCCACUAAUGGAGUCCUACUCUACCUAGAUAAAGAGGAUAAGGUUUAUUUAAAACUGGAGAAAGGUAAUUUGGUUGGAGGCUGGCAGUAUUCCACGUUCUCUGGCUUUCUGGUGUUCCCCCUAUAGAAUUUGAUUUCUUCAUGAUGUUUGUCCAGGUGAGGGGCAGCCUACCCCCAAGUUAUUGGAAGACCAUUUUUUCAUCGUUGGAUUGAUGUCUUUUAUUGAUUUCUCAUGGGUGAAUAUGGAUUCCCUUUAAGGAUUCUAGACAUGUCAGAAUCAACACAAAGUUCCACAGAUUAUUUUCGUGUGUGUGCGUUUCAAUAUAUUUGGAUUGGGACUCAAAGCAGAUAAUACCUGUCCAUGCUUAAAUGUAACAGUCAAAAGCUAUCUGCAAGUUUUAUUAUGAAUUUAAUUUCCUGAAAUUAACUGAAUUUGUUGCAGAUGUGGAAUUUUAUUUAUUUAUUUUUAAAAGACUGGCAACUGGGUCUGAGAAUUAGAAAGCUCUGAAGUUCCGACUCCAAUCAAUGGUUAGUGUGAUACUGCCAAAGAACUGUAUACUGUGUUGAUAUUAUCGAUUACACUUGUUUUUAUUUCUUUGGAAUAGUUUGUUUCGUUCUCGUAAGGUAGCUGGGAAUUGUUUUUCAGUGACUGGCUUUGUGUUUUCUCUAAAAAUAAGUACAAAUAAGGUAAUGAAUGGCUUGCCAGUAAUUUGCCUUUACUAUGAGAUCAUCAACAUGACUUCUGUCAAAAAAAAAAAAAGAAUGCUUCAUAGUUGUAUUUUAAUUAUAUAUGUGAAAGAGUCAUAUUUUCCAAAUUAUAUUUUCUAAUAGGAAGAAUAGAUUAUAAAUCUGAUAAGGAAAAAGUUGCUUACCCAAAUUCUAAAUGCUCUGUCCCCAAACCUUGUCAAAACAGCUCUCCUCCGCAGGAAAUCUUAUACUUUACUGCUCAAUUUUAAUUAACAUGAUUGAUAAUACCCACUUUAUUAAAAACCUAAGGGAUUUUUUUCCCUUAGAUAUAAUCACUUUAUUAACUGGAGAGGGGAUGCCUUUGUUUUUAAUUAUACCUAUUUUUCAAACCUUCUGUUGUGUUUGAAGUAUCAUCUGGUUUUGCCUUAACUCCUUAAAUUGUAUAUAUUUAUCUGAUUAGCUAAUAUUAAAUUCAAAUAUCCCAUAUCUAAAUUUAGUGCAAUAUCUUAUUUUGUCUUUUGUAUAGGUUAUAUGAAUUCAUAAAAUUAUUUAUGUCUCUGUUAUAGAAUAAAGAUUAAUAUAUGUUAGUUGAA